AUGGCUUCUACACCUCCAGGUGGUCAUAAGACCUUACAAAAGAGAAAAUUUGCUCAACAAGCCCGUGAUCGUGCUACCAAACAAAGACCUACUUCUUCAAGACAAGCAGGGUUCGGUGGCUCUUCUGCUGCAGUUUUAAAAAUCGCUACUGAUGAUUCUUCAACCUCUUCUUUAAGAGUAGACCCAUUGGUUAUUUUAUUCAUGUCCGUUGGUUUCAUCUUCUCGGUCAUCGUAUUGCAUGUAUUGGCAAAGAUGGCUGCUAAAUCCGUUGAGUAA